AUGUUAUUGACGUUUAUCGUUGUAAAUUCAAUUAUUAUUCAAUCUAUUCAAUCACAUUUUGAUGAUCUUCUUUUCGAUAUUCAAAAUCAUAAUCGUUUCAAUCCUUAUAUAUAUGGUCUUCCACCUAUUUUUCACGUUGAUCGACAUACUCAAUAUGGAUAUGUAAGAGGUACAAGUUAUCAUGUGGAUUCACAAGAUUCAUUCUAUCCGAAAUAUAUCAGUGUUUUUCUUGGAAUUCCUUAUGCUCGACCACCUGUUGGUCUCUAUCGAUUUAAACCUCCAUUACCACCUGAUCCAUGGGAUAUAAGAUUUUCGAUUUAUGAUGCAACUUAUUAUCGACCAUCAUGCUUACAACCAGCAAGUGAACAAGAAAAAAUUCGUCAAUAUAUUCCACAUUUUCCUCCAUCAAAUUUUAGUGAAGAUUGCCUUUAUUUAAAUAUAUUUGCACCAAAUAGAACUGAUCGUUAUAUGCCUAAAUUGCCUGUUAUUGUAUUUAUACAUGGUGGAGAUUUUAUUGGAGGAAGUUCACAAAUUUAUAAUGGAUUUGUUUUAGCACAACGAAAUGUUGUUGUUGUUACUUUUAACUAUCGACUUGGUCCAUUAGGUUUUUUGAGUACAAAAACAUUGAAUGCUAGAGGAAACUAUGGUCUUUUUGAUCAACGUAUGGCAUUAAAAUUUGUUUAUGAUAAUAUAAGAGAAUUUAAUGGUGAUCCAGAAAAUAUAACUGUUAUUGGUCAUGAAGCUGGAGCAGCUAGUAUUGGUUUACAUUUAUUAUCUCAAAAUACACCUCUUUAUUUUCGUCGUGCUGUUAUGAUGAGUGGAAGUGAUUUAUGUAAAUGGUCAAUUAUUGAAGAUGAACAUUAUCCACUUGAACAAGCAAGAUUUUUAGCAAGACGUUUAACAUGUGAUGAUAGAAAUAUUGAUGUUUUACUUGAUUGUUUAAGACAACGAAAUGGACUUGAUAUUAUAAAUUCUGCUAAACAUGUUUGGUUUCCAGAUGAAUUUGGUGGUCAUCCAUGGCGUCCUACAAUUGAUCCAUUUACAGAUGAUUCUAUUCGACCAAUUUUUACACGUCGACCUAUUGAACUUCGUCGUUUAGGAUUAUUUGCUAAUGUAUCUGUUAUUUUGGGUACAACAAGUGAUGAUGGUGCAAUUCAUUUUGCUCAUCAAUCAAUUAAUUUAGCAGUUAUUGAUAAAGGUUUAUCACAAUAUGAUCAACAUGCUUAUUUAAAUAUGUUUGUUAAUCGUCGUAUACAAGAUCGUUAUAGUUUUCAAAGACAAACAUUUGCUUAUGAAUAUGCUGAAACAGAUUAUGUUUUACCUCGAGGUGGUGAUAUGUAUCUUGAUGAAGAAGGUAUCGCAACAGUUUUAAAAUAUAAAUAUGCUCAUUGGCCUCAACCUGAUAAUAUGACAAUGUUACGACAACGUUUAAUAGAUCUUCAUUCUGAUGAACAUACAACAUCAUGUGUUGCUGAUGCAACAAGAUUUCAUGCUCGACAUACAUUUAAUUCAACAUAUAUGUAUGUAUUUGCUUAUCAUUCAUUAACAAGCGUUUAUCCAUUAUGGAUGGGUGCACCGCGUAGUAGUGAACUUGAUUAUCUUUUUGGAAUACCAUUUAUAAAUGAUUCACAAUGGAUGCCUUGGCAUGGUAUACAACGACGACAGAUAUUUACAUAUGUUGAUGAAGAAAUAUCAAAUUAUACAAUGCAAUUAUUUGUCAAUUUUGCACGAUACGGAGAACCAACACCAGGUGGAUUUCUUCGUGAAUAUACACCACCAUCAUUAGAACGUCCAUCAGGUUUAAUUCAUUCUCCACCAGGGUAUGCACUUCGUCUUAAUGUUGCAUGGUUACCACAAUUAGUACAAAAUAUGACUUAUUUACUUAUUGAUCGUUAUCCAUCUUUACAAACAAAUUAUCAAUUUGAUGCAGCUGGAUUUUGGUCAGAAUAUUGGCCUAUAGCAUUUCAACGACGAUUAACACCUAUACCAACAAAAUAUUAUAAACAUGCAAUUAUGAAUCAUCGUGAUACAACAAUUUUAAUGUUUUUUUUUAUGGGUGGUUUAAUAUUAGCUAUUAUUGUAUUAAUUAUUCUUUGUGGUGUACUAUUUAUACGUGUACGAAAUGAUACAAAUCGAAAUGUAAAUAAAAGUAACAGUAAUAAAAAACAAACAAAAUUUGCAAAUAUUGAAUAG